CCCGUUAAAAUGCCCGGACUCAAAACACUUCUUUUUCCAAGAUGGCGUCGAUGAAGGACAGCGACACCGGCCUUUGGCUUCACAACAAACUGGGCUCCACGGACGAGCUCUGGACGCCUCCGAGCAUCGCCUCUCUCCUCACCGUGUCGGUAAUCGACAACAUACGGCUGUGCUUUUCGAGCUUGUCGCCGCCAGUGAAGUUGAAACUGCUGCUCGGGAUGCUGCACCUCCCCAGGCGGACCGUUGACGAGAUGAAGGAGGCCCUGUCGGAGAUAAUCCAGCUGGCCACGGUGGACUCCGAGCCCUGGGUGCUGAUGGUUGCAGACAUCCUCAAGUCCUUCCCAGAGACUGGUUCUCUCAAUCUGGACUUGGAGGAGCAGAAUCCAAAUGUGCAGGAUAUUCUUGGAGAGCUCAGGGAGAAAGUAAGUGAGUGCGAGGCAUCUGCCAUGCUUCCUCUGGAGUGCCAGUACCUGAACAAGAGUGCGUUAACCACUCUGGUUGGACCCCUUACACCCCCCGUCAAACAUUUCCAGCUGAAAAGAAAGCCGAAGAGUGCAACCCUCAGAGCAGAGCUGCUGCAGAAAUCGACAGAGACAGCCCAACAGCUGAAAAAGACAGCUGGAGUGCCUUUUCACGCCAAAGGGAGAGGACUGGUCAAGAAGAUUGACACUACUACUCCUCUCAAAGGGAUCCCCAAGGCCCCGUUCCGCAGCCCCACUGCCCCCAGUAUGUUCAGCCCUCCCAGUAACCGCACACCUAUAGCCCCUGCACGGACGCCCCUGCGUAAGGAGAGGGGGGUCAAGCUGUUAGAUAUUUCAGAGCUAGACAUGGUCGGAGCUGGAAGAGAAGCUAAGAGGAGAAGAAAGACUUUGGAAACAGAGACCGGAGAGAAAGCAGCCAAAGAAGAAGCCGUGGUGGAAAACACCACACCAGACUACGCUGCUGGCCUCGUCUCUGCACAGAAACUGGGGGCGCUGAACGAGAAUCCUCUCCCGUCAACCAGCUACCUACCAGCCACACCCAGCAUGGUUCCCUCUUCAUCUUACAUUCCCAGCUCCGAGGCACAGCCAGCGAAUGCUGGUGGUUCGGGUCGGGACACGCUGCAGUCGGCUCGCCAACCAGAGGAGUCGGCAACAGUGGGCGCUGGCGCCACCCCCACCUUACCAGGACAGUAUAAACAGAGGACGCCUAUGUACAACGCCAGCACCACAGCAAAUCCCGCAACCCCAACAUCCCCCAGCACGCCGACCUCCACCCCCGCCAGCAACGGGCCCCCAGCUGCUGCGACUGCCAGCCAGCCGGAGACCCCGACCCAGCCUCCCAGCACACCUCAGACACCCACCCCGACACCAACUCCUACGCCACCACAGCCCCAGCCCAAGAAGAAUCUCUCUCUCACGAGGGACCAGAUGUACGCUGCCCAGGAGAUGUUCAAGACAGCCAACAAGGUCACCAGACCAGAGAAGGCCCUCAUCCUGGGGUUCAUGGCUGGAUCCAGAGAGAACCCGUGCCCGGAGCAGGGGGACAUCAUCCAGAUCAAGCUGAGCGAACACACAGAGGUCUUGCCCAAAGCCGACGGCACUGGCAGCACCACCAUGCUGGUGGACACAGUCUUCGAAAUGAACUACUCCACAGGACAGUGGACCCGCCUCAAGAAAUACAAACCCAUCACCAAUACCUCCUGAGGCGCUACACUCACUCACUCAAAAAAAAAAAAAAAAAAAAC